GUUGACGCUUUCGUCCCGGCCCGAGACAGCCGCUCAUCGUCGUUUUGUUCCUCUCUGGGUGAAAGUUUGGACGUGGUUUAUUUGCGUGGAUACAGACAUGGCAGCGGCAGAAGGCAUGCCCAAGUGGGAGAGGACAGUGCGCGUGUUUUUGUGCGUCUUCGGUUUGAUUUUGUCAGUUUACGCGCUUCACGUGGAAUUGUCCCGCGAGCACGACCCAGACUACAGAGCGAUGUGCGACUUGGGAGAGUCUGUCAGCUGCUCCAAAGUUUUCACAUCCAGAUGGGGACGUGGUUUUGGCUUGGUCCAGUUCUUUGUUGCCCAAGAUAGCCCUCUGAACCAGCCCAACAGUGUUCUUGGAAUUCUAUUUUACACGCUGCAGCUAGGCCUGGGUCUAACCCUGUCCAAAAAGGCCGCUCUGUUCUUGGUGUUGUCCUCCUGGGUGUCGGUGGCCGGCUCGCUCUACCUCGCCUCCAUUCUGGCUUUUGUCCUGGGAGAUUUUUGCAUGGUCUGCGUGUCAACAUACAUCGUCAACUUUGCCUUGCUCUACACCAACCUCAAGCGAAGGAGCGCCAUCGAAGGGAAGAAGGAGAAGGCAGGAUAAUAAUCAUUCCAAAAAAACAAGUGUUUCAUUCUACACCCCCUCCCCUUCUCUCCCUCCCUCCUGGCCAGAAGCAGCAACAUUGGUGUGACUGCUUUGUUUACCCCCGUUGAGACUUUUUUUUUUUUUUUAAACAAAAAACAGGAUUCAUCUCACUUUUUUUGGUAUUCAGUCAGCUGUUUUUAACUUAAUUGUUGCCUGUCCUCGUACAAUUGAUAAUAUAGUGGUGAAUAAUAAAGUUGACAGAUGUUACUGUGA